UAAAGGAGAUUCUGCUCAGGAUUGCUUUAUUGUGUGUCAUGUGUUAAUACCAAAUGUCGGAUCACUGGUUCGGUGGGACACUUCCCUGUGUCUGCCUGCAGGAUACAUUCAGACUCGUAACCCUGGAUUAAGUCUGCCAGGAACCUUUUAGGAAGUCAUGUUUUUAUAACGAAGAUAUAUCCGGAUUAUGAUUCAUUGAAUGACACAAUACUCAACCCAGGCACAGUGACAAACAUGUUCCUGUUCAUGCUUUUGUACGCUCACAUUCCUGUAUCGGAUACACUGUCAUUCGAGCCUGCCUUCGACAUGCCCGUAGUGAACGUGACUAUAAACGAGGGGGAAACCGCCAUAUUGCCUUGCUCCGUCAGCUACCUCGGAGACUACGAGGUUGUCUGGACUGAUCAAUGGUCAACGCUGCUGACAUACGAGGACAGGCGUAUCAUUGAUGACAGGAGAUUAAGCAUUGAGCGACCCUUUACAAAGGACUGGAAUCUCCACAUACGGAACACGAAGAGGAAUGACCAAGGAACGUAUAACUGCCAAGUGAAUACCACCCCAGUCAAAAUAAAAACGGUCAUGCUUACAGUUGAUGUGCCCGCAAAGAUCCUGCAGGAGUAUUCCUCUGAGGACAUGACGGUAAAGGAAGGGGAGACAGUCACGCUACAAUGCAACGUCAGUGGUAUCCCUAUGCCAAAUGUAACGUGGACAAGAUAUACAAUACAUCGUGAUGAUGCACAGAAAAAGACCGAUCUCUGUCCGGGAACUUACAACAUUGGAGAACACCGCGAAAUUUUGAUGAUACAGAAUGCUAGUCGAGAGUGCUGGGGGAUCUACAAAUGUACAGCUUUCAAUGGCGUCCCACCGGCGGACAACAGAGAGAUCGGAGUCAUUGUUGAAUUUCCUCCCGAGGUGGUUCUUCCCAAUAACAAGAUCGGGCAAUACCAAGAGAAAGAAACAAUUCUUGAGUGCGUCGUUACCGCCAACCCACAUGCUGUGAGUGUGUGGACUCGACACGGGUACAAGAUCAACAACAGUGUCAAGUAUAGGACCGACAUCUACAGGGACGGAGAAUACACCAUCACUCUCAGCCUGAGGAUUCGAACGUUGGAGGCGGAUGACUUCGGAGUCUACGUGUGUGAGGCGGCUAACGUCCAGGGUACCAGUCAACAGCUUAUGACACUUUACGAUUAUGCUGAAUAUCGCAGUAAGGUUGAAGAUGAACAUAGCACAACUACCACCCUGGCCACUGUCAAGACAGACUGGAUCUCCAUACAGACGAGGUAUCCCAUCACUAGAAACAGGACCGGUUCUAUACUCGUGAUGGAGAGCGGUAGACAUACUUCGAACAACAAUGGUCCCAGGAAUGGUGUUGUUUUGGAGACCGGCAACUUCGUGGGUUCAGGUGGAAACCGAUUAACGCAAUUCUUCUUUGUGAUAUGCAUUGCUGCGUUUCAUGUUUAAUGAACCUUGAAUGGUUCUGCGGCUAUAUCUCCAGAGCCUUACAACAUUUCAAACCAUGGCAUAUUUUGGAGAAUUUCCAAGAGCUCCCAAGUGUAAAACGAGGCAAUUGUUUUGAAAAAACUCCGAAUCUCAAUUCAUACAGUUUCACACCAGCAGCUGCACUUCAAGAUAGCUUUAGGGUGUGCUGAUAUUUGUACAUAUUUUCAUCUUUCAGUUUAAACGCAUGUUAUAUGCAAAGUUAAUCAGUGUUUCAAGUUUGCUUCGGGGUCAUCGAUGUAAUGGCUUCAUUGAUGAAGAAAACAUAUCGCCCAUGCCGAUGGCUAAAUAUGAUGCUCAAUUUGUUUUUACAUUCAAGUGAUUUUGUGAUAUACAUUUUAUCUUCGUGGUAUUCUUCUACGGCCAACAGAAUAUCAAAUAACGGAGGUGAGCUACAGGUGACAAUUCACACUCAUAGACAUGCGUUGGAAACUUAUUAUUCAUCAAUUAUAGAGGGCAUCUUAUAUCAGGCAGAGUUCGACCUAUAGGUGGUGGAAACAAAAACUAUUUAGGAAUUUAAAUAUUAUGGUCUCUAUGUUACACUGCUUGAAUUAAGGAUCAGUCACAUGACCGCGACUGCGCGAUCUGUAGGAAAGAGUAGAUUGCUGUAGUGAGACGUUAUACAAAGCUAGUCGUUUGUGAUUUUGCCAUCUUUGAACCAACUCUAAUGGACGCGAUGUAAAAAAAUAAUUUAUAACUCUUUUUAGAGAUCUGCAUUUGAUGCUUAAACUCACAAUCUCGUAUAUAUGCUUUCCAUAACCAUGUAAUUAAAGAAAUGUGUUUUAGUACCUAUAUAGUGAAUGUAUGUCUGUCCAGCACUCUACGAUGUACAUACACAAUGUAAAUACAAGUUUGCUUUUCAUGUUGUAAGUGCUGGUUAUCUGGAUAAGUGGGCUUUACAUACACCCCUUACUAUAUACCCAUAAUUUGUAUUUGCAUGUAUUCAGAUGGAGUGAAGGCAUUAGGUAUUGUUUCUGAUAGAUAGCAUACUUUGACGAAGGUACAGGCAUUUGCUAUUUCUUUUACUGCCUAUGCACUCAUGGUACAAGUUGCAGGCAUUUCGUGCUUUGACACAAUCAUUCUCACAAGGACACGGUAUUAUUUAUCGUUCGUGAAUUUAGAGUUUGUUCAGUUCCAUGCUAAACUGUUUUACGUACAGGGAUACCCAGUCCUAUGGUAUUUGAAUUCAUGUGGUUAAAGUAUUCGACUAUAUUUUGGCAUCAUACGAAAGAAACCUAUGACUUUAAGCAAACAACAUACACCUCUUUUGAGCUGUUAAAUACAGCGAUGCAGAUAACACCAGAAGUAAAUAUGUGAACGUUUCUUUUCGUGUUUGUUAACUGUACCCUCUCUUGCAAUAAAUAUCUUUUUUAAAAGUUACAUAUCGUUAUCAAUCAAUCAUAAAGAAAAUUGCACAGAAUUCCUAUCAGCGUUUUAAUAAUUUUUGAGUUGGUUGUUGGGUAGCCAAAGUGUUAAUGUGAUCACUCGUUAUUCACAAGUCCGGGGUUCGAUUCCAAAAUUGGUAAACUCUUUGAAGACAAUCCCUGGUUUGCCUCGUUGAGAUAUUGCUGCCACAUUAUUAUUCUGAAAGCGACGUGAAGCCUCUCAGAAAUAUCAGUGAGAUUGGUGCUGACAUGUUUUGCUGCCUCAUGUCAGAGAACAUGUGCAUAUGAUUGACUUGCAGUAAAAAAGGACGUUUAGAAGUCCGACGUGUCCUAAUUUAAAGGCACACGCCACAACAAAAUGUAGUUGAUGGAAAACAUGAAUCUCACGACCAUGUUGGCCACCUUUCAGCAUUAAUCGUUUGAAUUAUCUAUUUAACUAUAUUUAAUAUUUGUUGAUCUGUUGUGUCCGAAUACAGUUGUUUAUUACUCGA